AUGACUUCGUACCUUUCGAUUGUCUUGCCAUUUCUAUGGAUUGUAGCUGUAACUCAUGUGAAUUCAGCAUGUUUUCACGAACAAGCCGUGACAAAAGUGACAGAGUAUGGCACUGUCGAUACUCAUUGCCAGUACAACAAUAUCAAAGUACUGCCGGGCUCAUCGUUUAGAUUACCCAUGCCUGACUGCUUAGAAUGUAAAUGUACUAAAAAAUCAAUGAUUUGUUGUGGAUUUGGUUUCGCGGCAGGCAAGGUCGAAGCACCUGCUGGUUGUAUAGCGCAAAAUGAUGCUUGCAAGUUAAUCUUCGUUGAAGAAAAGAAUACAAAACAAUUGUGUAAAUUGGCUGGACCGAGCGCGGGCAAAAAGAGAAAACCACGACCUCACGCUAAUUAG